AUGUUGCGAGGUUGGCAAGCCUGAGUCGCGACCUGCUGUCGUUCUGCUCUUCAGUUGCGCAGAAGCAUUUGAAGAGGAAGGUGUGUGAUUGCGUGUGGACAACUGCUGCAUCCCAACGGCCGCUCGUUACGCUGAGCGGCGAUGGUGCGCCGGCUGGGCCCAGCGCACUACGUGGCGCCGUCGCCCGUGCACGGCCAGUCCGUCGCACAUGCGCACUCGCACGGCCGCGCAGCCUCCACGGACGGCGAGGACAGCGCGCUGGGCGCCGCCCGGCCGCCCUCCGCCUUUUCCAUCUCGGGCGGGCAUCGGCCGCCUUCGGCCAUCUCCGGCGCUGGUCGGCCGCCGGCGGGGCGCUCCGGCACUGCUCGGCCUUCUCCUCGGGCGCCCAGCUUGCUCUCCGACCCGGAGGGGUCCGACAUCUACGUCACCAGCGCCGCCUACAGGGCGCCCUCAGAAAUUAGCCGUGGAUCACGCUACAGCCGGACCCCAUCCCGCCUCUCCCGGCCAGCCUCAGAGCUGUCACGAUCAACGGUGAAGACGUCACGCACUCAGCAGUCACGGGCGUCCCGCGUGUCGCGGCGCGGUGGGCUCGUCGUGGAGACGAUGGCAGCACCCAACCCAUUCUGCCCCAACACACGUGGCAUGUGCUGCCUCAUGCUGCUAAUCAACCUUGGACUGAUACUCGUCACCCUUGGCUUCACAGUAGUUAUACAGUUCUUUGAACCACUGUUUGUGUGGAUCUUGGGGAUUGUAUUUUUGGUGUUUGGGUUUGCCACCCUGUUUGGUAGCCUGGUCUACUGCGUAUAUCUGUGCAGGGAUGCUAAACAUCCAAAAGAUGUAAACCUCGAAGAUCUCUACUGGACGCAUCACUGGCAAAAAUCGGUAGGCACGACAGAUGUCCGCAAGAGCGACCCAGACCGUUACAGCGACCGUUAUUCCGUCGGCAAGUACAGUGACAGGUACUGAAGACGACAGAAGUGAUUACUCCAUCAAGCAGUCUGGUGGAAACUGCGUGGUAGUUGUGGUGUGCAAGGUGUUGAGAAGAGGACACUGUUGUAUAACUUUUGGUGCUAAUGUAGUGUAGCAACUACAAUUAAAGUGUAAACUAACUACUGUAUUUUAAUCCAGCUGACUGUUACAUAAUAAUUUUGUUUCACUAAUGCCA